UAAUAGAACAUAGAAGUGAAAUUAACCUAGUUCUGAAUGCACAUCCAACCAGAUAGAAUCAUGUUCCUUCUCUUUCUCUGCUCACUCCGUGAGAGAGCUUACAAGUUAGUACUUAGCCCCACAUACAUGUGAUACCUAGAUCUCCAGCAUUGACUCUACGUAACCACCUUCCCCAUGAAUCUCUCCUAUUUUUCCGUUUUAAUUUCGGUUUUGGUUUGCCGCAUGGAAGAAAUUCUGCUCACUCUGAGCAGGAAGCGGAGUUUCCAAAGAGAAUAAUCAGCCAUUAUUUUGCUUCUACUUUGUUACAUUCCAAAGUCUACCAGUUUUGGUUUUUUUAAUAUUAAUUGGGUAGAAACAAAUUCUUCAUUCCCUUCUGCAAUUACUGAAUAACAUGCCUCAUCACUCACCGGUUACUCGGCGAAAGGUUCAACCGUGAAGAUGCUCCUUCAAGUGAGAAAAAGGUCGAGAUUGAACAAAGUUGGGACCUUUAUCGGGAAAUUGAGCUUCUGAGAGCACCCUGAGAUAAUCCCGGUCAGCAAUUUUGAUUGUUUUCUCUUUUUUCUUGACCUUUCAGCGAGGAUUGAAAAGGGGAAGUGAAUGGUGGUUGGGGAAAUGGACACAGAGGAGCCGCAAGUUGAGGUUCCUUGGAACCCCACCACCCCUAUUAAGCCCGUUCCUCUAAAACCAGUGCCGAUCUACACGCCUUUGGAGAGAAACCACAUGGGUCAUGCAAAUGGAGCAGUUGCAUGUGUUGAAUUCUCACUUGCCCAAGAGAAAAUUUGCGGGCCACAUGAUGGGUCAAACUUUGCCGGUUACAGCGGCAAAACUUGUGAACAGACAGCUUCAGAUGCUGUUUCUAGCUACAGCAAACUUGGAUUUUGUGAACAUUUGUUUGCGGUUGAGGCUGAAUCAAGGAACCCUGGUGUGACACAAAGGAAUAAUGAUAGAUUGAAGAACCCGUUUGUUCCUUCGUUCAUCCUUGACAAUGCCAAGGACCCUCAGGAAACAUACAUUUCUUGCUGUAGCAAGACAACUUCCCAUGAUACCCCAUUUACCCUUGACAGUGGCAACAAAGAAGCAAGCAGACUAAUAGCAUCAAUGCAAAUCAAUAUGGAAGAAAAGGAUCCAGGAGGGGAAGAGAGAAAUGUCCCCACUGAGGUUGACAAUAAUGUACCACCAAACAGCAUAGAGCUUUGCAACCCUGGUGUAGAAUCUGCUUCCCUUUCUUCACCAUUAAGGGAGAAUGGCAACCCGGAUAAGGGAAGCACUCAUGAUCCUGAUCUUGGUAAAACACCACAACAAAAACCAAGGAGAAGAAAGCACCGUCCCAAGGUAAUUAAAGAAAUCAAACCCAAAAGUACUCGGAAGCCUGCUACCCCAAAGCCUGUUCAAUCAAAAGAAAACCCAACUGCCAAGAGGAAGUAUGUGAGAAGGAAAGGAUUGGAACAAACUUCUCCAACAGAAGUGACUACAGAAUUUACUAAAGAAAUGCCUGAAUCUACCAAAGUGUCUUGUAGAAGGACCUUAAAUUUUGACGCAGGAACAAGAGAUGAAAGUCCUGCUAGCAUGGAAAAUACAACUGCACUUUUGGGAAAAGUAAAUGGGGCACCGGUAGAAGAAACAAAUGUAGGCCUCGCAUUUGAUCUAAGCACUUCAUUGAAGCAGGCAUCAAACAAUUAUAAGUCAUUACCCAAAACCUCUGAGACAAAGUCAGACAAACAGCCAACUGCCAAGAGGAAGUAUGUGAGAAGGAAAGGAGUGAACAAAACUUCUGAUCCUCCAAUGGAAGUUACUGGAGAACUGACUAAAGAAAAGAUGCCUGAAUCCACCCAAAUGUCAUGUACAGGGUCUGUAAAUUUAGAUGAAAGAGCAAGAUAUCAAAGUUAUCCAGUCAAAGACAACCCAACAGCACAUCCUGGCAGUGAAAUUGGUCUAGUCAUGCAGGAAACGAACAUCAGCCUUGCCUAUGACCUAAACACUUCCAUGAAGCAGGUAUCAAAUAGUUACAUAUCAUUACCAGAAGACACACAAGCCCCAAAUGCAUCUUCAAGAAAAACAAGCUCCAGGACAAAGCCAGAGGAAAACCCAACGGCCAAGAGGAAGUAUACAAGAAAGAAAAGACCAUAUAAGACUUCUCCAACAGAAGUGACUGGAGAAUUGACUGAAGAAAAGAUGCCUGAAUCCACCCAAGUGUUGUUUACAGGGUCCAUAAAUUUUGAUGAAAGAGCAAGAGAUCAAAGUUAUGCAGUACAAGAGAAUCCAAUUGUGCAUAUGGGCAGUGAAAUUGGUGUAGUCAUGCAGGAUAUGAAUGUAGGCUUUGCCUAUGAUCUAAACACUUACAUGAAGCAAGCAUCAAACAGUUCCAUGUCAUUACAAGAAGACAAACGAGCCCCAAAUACAUCUCGUUCAAGAAGAAAAAGCUCUGGGACAAAGUCAGAGGAAAACCCAACUGACAAGAAGUAUGUGAAAAGGAAAGGAAUGAACAAGAUUUCUGUUCCUCCAACAGAAUUACCUGGAGAAUUGACUGAAAUAAAGAUGCCUGCAAUCCCUGCAUCUGCCCAAAUGUCAUGCACAGGAUCCACAAAUUCUGAUGAAAGAGCAAAACAUAAAAAUUAUGCAGUCAAAGAGAAUACAAAUAAACAUCCAGGCAGUGAAAUUGGUGUAGUCAUGCAGGAAAUGAAUGCAGGCCUUGCCUAUGAUCUAAGCACUUCAAUGAAGCAGGCAUUAAAUGAUGAUGUGACAUUAACUAAGGAAGCACAAGCUCCAAGUACAUCUUCAAAGAUCAAUCUCCCGGGGGAAAAAACAAAAGAAAACCCAACAGCCAAGAGAAAGUAUGUGAGGAAAAACAAAUCAAAUCCAUCUCCUAUUCCUCCAACAGAAAUGACCGAAUUGACUGAAGCAAUGGUGCUUGAAUCUAACAAUAUGUCAUGGAGAAGGUCCUUAAAUUUUGACAUGGGAACUGGAGAUGAAAAUUAUGUAGGCAGACAAAAUUUAGAUUUGCUCAUUGGAAAGGAAAAUAUGGUGUUACAGGAAACAAAAGUAGGCCUUACCUAUAAUCAAGACACUUGGAUGAAGGAGGCAUUAAAUAAUUGCAUGCCAUUACCUGAGGAAACACAACAACCAAGUUCAUCUAUUUCAAGAAGCACUCCCCUUGGGGCAAAGCUGAAUGUCAACUCUGUAGAAAACAUAAACGAAAAUGGCCAGGCAACUGCUCAGGAUGGAAACCUCAGUAAUAACCAAAGUUCAACAAGGUUACAAAUGGUUGGUUCAAAGAGAAAACAUUCAGGUACCUUUAAUCAUGCAGAUGACAGCAGCCUGAAUCUGAUUGGGGCACACUAUAAUGGACUUGCCUCAUACCAGACUAACUUAUGUGUUCAGUUUCCAAACAUACAGAAGAAAAGGAGAACUGAUAAGGGGAAAACUUCUAUCACUUAUGUUACAUCUGUGACUACAACAAAAGAAGUCCAACAGACAUAUCCUCAGGAAGAUGCUCUAGUGCAUCCAUAUGCAUCAAGCUCCGGCUGCUGGAUUUAUGGUUCAAGAUAUAAUGCAGCUGGAGUCCCAGCCAUAAGUGAAUUGACAGAAAGUUCUAUUGAUAAUACUCAAACAUUUGAUGAGUUCGUCUUGUCUUUGAAAAGGCUGGCAGAAAGAUCUCAAUCCUCUACUAGUGAUCGUGGUUCUCUAACUAGAAUUAGAAACUGUGAUACUGAACCAAAUUGUACUGCAAAACAAGUAGCCUGUGGCAGAGAACAAACAUGCAUUGAUGCUUUAGUUGUAGAGACACGUGCAUCACUCAUAAAAAAGAAGCGGAAUAGAAAGAAAAGUGUUCUUCCCAGUUCAGCACAUUCUAGCACAAAUAAGAUGCUACAGCACCAUCAUUUUACAUUGGGAAAUUACCCCUUUCCAAUGGGGAUGUCAUCAGACAUUGCUCCUGAAGUACUAUGGAAAACCAUGAAUUAUAUUGAUGCAUUAACAGAGCAAUUUAGACGACUAAACAUAAACACAGAAGCCAGAGACCUUGCAUUACAUGAGCAGAAUGCACUGGUCCCUUAUAAGCAGCAAAACAGCCUUAACCAUGGAAAUGGGGUCAUUGUUCCCUUUCAAAACAAGAAACAGCAUCCACGACCAAAAGUUGACCUUGACGAUGAGACUGAGAGAGUUUGGAAGCUUUUGUUGCUAGAUAUAAACAGUCAUGGGAUUGAUGGAACUGAUGAAGGUAAGGCCAAGUGGUGGGAAGAAGAACGAAAUGUGUUCCGUGGACGAGCAGACUCAUUUAUUGCAAGGAUGCAUCUUGUACAAGGAGACAGAAGAUUUUCUCGAUGGAAAGGAUCAGUUGUGGAUUCAGUGGUUGGAGUUUUCCUCACUCAAAAUGUCUCUGACCAUCUUUCCAGCUCUGCAUACAUGUCCCUUGCUGCUCGAUUUCCCAAAAAAUCAAGCAGUGAGUGCAAAACACACCAUGCGGAAGACUCAAGGCUGGUAAUCAACGAAACACAAGUGCAUAUAGUGGAACCAGAAGAGAGCACGGAAUGGGAUGCAAAAUUAUUGAAUCAAUCUGUUUAUGACCAGAGUUCUCUAACACUAGACAUUGUUGAGCAUUCUGGAGAAAAAGAAGCUAUCAACAGCAAUGAUUCCUGUGGAACUAACAGCAGUGUGAUUAGCACAGAUGAAUCAAACUCCAGACUUUCGGAAUUAUCCCAAAGAAAUACAAAGGAACACUGUAGUCCAAUGAGGAGUGGACUACUUAGUGAUACGAUUGAGGAAGCAGAAGAAAAAUCAUGUUGUGAUGGUGAUAGGAAAGAGUUACAUGACAUAGUUUCAUCCCAAGGCUCUGUCAUUUCAUCCCAAAUAUCUGGAGAUUUUUCAAAUGAUCAAAAUCCUGAGAAAGUAGGAUCAUACUCAGAUAGUAACUCAGAAGUAGAAGAUCUCUCCAGCACAACAAAGUACAACCAUUUUGAUAGCAGCACUUCCUUCAGUAAACUUCUUGAAAUGGUUAGUUCAUCCAAAUUUUAUGAAGACAACAGUCAAAAAAGCAAAUCAACUGAGAACUUAAGCGGUGCAUAUGAUCAACCUAUACACAUGCCGCAUAACAAUCCAGUAGAAAGCUUGAAAAAAUCAAAUUGUACAGAAGGCUCUUCAGAAGCAUCCAUCACCCAAUCCCUUGAAUAUACUUUGAAACUCACCCCCGACUCAGGAAUGCUUGAUGUUAACUGCUUUGAUCCUUUCAAAACAGAAACCUCGUCAAGUGACUUCUUAAAGAAAAAGGAUGAAAAUGGCAUGAACAGAUCAAGUUUUCAAACAAAAGAACCUGCAGGAGAAGUUGCAAGAACCCAUUCUCAAAGCAUUGUAUCUCAAGUCCAUCCUCAGGAACCAAACAAUCACCUGCAGCAAAGCUUUUUCAACAUUUCUGGACAAACUCAAGUUCUUGUGCAGAAAGAAAGGGAUGAGCACAAAAAUGUCAGGAGGAAUGAAAACAAUGAGAUAAGUUCUGCCCCAAUAAAAUUAAAGAGCAGGGAACAAGGAAAAGAAAAAAAGGAUGAUUUUAACUGGGAUAGUUUAAGAAUAGAAGCACAAGCUAAGGCUGGGAGAAGAGAAAAGACAGAAAACACCAUGGAUUCUUUGGACUGGGAAGCUGUGAGAUGUGCAGAUGUCAGUGAAAUUGCCAAGACCAUCAAAGAACGGGGCAUGAACAACAGGCUUGCAGAACGCAUUAAGGAUUUCCUGAAUCGGCUGGUUGAAGAACAUGGAAGCACUGACCUUGAGUGGCUUAGAGAUGUUCCACCUGACAAAGCAAAAGAAUACUUGCUCAGCAUAAGAGGAUUGGGAUUGAAAAGUGUGGAAUGUGUGCGGCUUUUAACACUGCACCAUCUUGCCUUCCCGGUAGACACAAAUGUUGGACGUAUAGCAGUACGGCUGGGAUGGGUCCCUCUGCAGCCACUGCCUGAGUCACUGCAGUUGCAUCUCCUAGAAUUGUACCCAGUGUUGGAAUCUAUACAAAAAUAUCUCUGGCCUCGACUGUGCAAGCUAGAUCAAAAAACACUAUAUGAGCUACAUUACCAGAUGAUUACUUUUGGAAAGGUCUUCUGUACAAAAAGCAAGCCAAAUUGUAAUGCAUGCCCAAUGAGAGGAGAAUGUAGACACUUUGCUAGUGCAUUUGCAAGUGCAAGGCUUGCAUUGCCUGGACCAGAGCAGAAGAGUAUAGUUACCACAGCUGGAAAUAGUGUGAUUGAUCAGAAUCCAUCUGAAAUCAUCAGUCAGUUGCACUUGCCUCCCCCUGAGAACACAACCCAAGCAGAAGAAAUUCAACUAACAGAAGUGUGCAGACAACUGGAAUCAAAAUCUGAAUUAAACAUUUGCCAGCCUAUCAUUGAAGAGCCAACAACUCCAGAGCCAGAAUGCUCACAAGUAUCACAAACUGACAUUGAGGAUGCUUUCUACGACGAUUCAUGUGAAAUUCCUACCAUCAAGCUUAACAUAGAAGAGUUUGCUCUGAAUUUACAAAAUUACAUGCAAGAAAAGAUGGAACUUCAAGAAGGUGAAGUGUCAAAGGCAUUGGUUGCUUUGAAUCCAGAAGCUGCUUCCAUUCCUAUGCCCAAGCUAAAGAAUGUGAGCCGAUUACGAACAGAACACUGUGUUUAUGAACUUCCAGAUACACAUCCUCUUCUGCAAGGGUGGGACACACGUGAGCCUGAUGAUCCAGGCAAAUACCUUCUUGCUAUAUGGACUCCAGGUGAGACAGCAAAUUCUAUACAGCCACCAGAAAGUAAAUGCAGCUCUCAAGAAGAAUUCGGGCAGCUCUGUAAUGAGAAGGAAUGUUUCUCGUGCAACAGUUUCCGUGAAGCAAAUUCACAGAUAGUUAGAGGGACACUCCUGAUACCAUGUCGAACAGCUAUGCGGGGGAGCUUUCCACUGAAUGGCACCUAUUUCCAAGUCAAUGAGGUAUUUGCUGAUCAUGUCUCAAGUAUUGACCCAAUCAGUGUACCCCGAAGUUGGAUCUGGAACCUCAAUAGGCGAACAGUAUAUUUUGGAACCUCUGUACCAACAAUAUUUAAAGGUUUAACAACACAAGAAAUUCAACAAUGCUUUUGGAGGGGUUAUGUCUGUGUGCGGGGUUUUGACAGGGAAACACGAGCACCCCGUCCUCUGAUGGCUAGGCUACAUUUCCCAGCAAGCAAGUUAGCCAAGACAAAAGAGAAGACAAAAAAGGAAUCGAGUUCGGCAAAAUCACGAGGAUCAAAAUCAAAUAUAGAACAUCCGGAAUUGAUUUCUAACAGUAGCAACCUUCAAGAAACGGGAAGAGACUGAAGACUAAUAAUCAGUAUUAUUCAUCCCAUGCUGUGUUGUUCAGUAGCGUCUAUAAAAUGACGAAGUCAUUAUUUAAUUUAACGUUUAGUUCUUCUUAUCAUGCUCAGAGACUGAGCAGUUUUCCAGAUUAGGACCCCAAUAAUGUAUUAUUAGUAGCACUUAGGCUCUAGUUUCUUUCUUGUUUUCAAAAAAAAAAAUUACAUGAGUGUGAGCUAUGUAAUGCCUUGAGGGGAAUUGGGCGUACUUUUCCCCCAAUUUAUGCUGAGAUACACAACUUGAAUAUUAUGUCCCUCACUUCACCAUUGCCAGUUGCA